CCGAACGACGGAACAUAGCCUUAGUUUUGGAUCCAGAUAUUCCCGAUUGUUUGGGUAUUGGGUUGCAAAUAAACUUUUGACUAAUUUUUGAUUUUUGUUAUUACGUGUAAAUUGUAAACAUUAUUAAAGACUUCUGAUUUUGUAAACAGUAUUUUGAUUUCUAACAAUAAUGACGUCUGCAGCGUAUUUGGAACAUUAUUUGGAUAGCUUGGAGCAUUUACCAAUUGAACUACAACGAAAUUUCAAUUUGAUGCGAGACCUGGACUCUAGAGCGCAGGGUGUUAUGAGGAAUAUUGAUAAAUUGGCCGACGAAUUUCUCAGUAACAUCAAGGCCUUAUCACCCGAAAAAAAGAAAGAGAAUAUGUCUGCUAUACAAAGUCAGUUUAAUAAAGCGAAGGAGUUUGGCGAUGAUAAAGUUCAACUUGCAAUACAAACUUAUGAAUUGGUUGAUAAACAUAUUCGGAGACUAGACUCAGACCUGGCGAGAUUUGAAUCUGAGAUUCAGGACAAAGCUCUUCUAAGCAGCACACGGACACAAGAAGAAUCAGCUACGCAAAAAAGAGGAAGGAAGAAGGCUAAAGACAAGGAGAAGAAGAAACGUGUUGCUGGUGGCAGUAGUGCUGAAGAAGAAGUAUCAAAGACGGCCAGGAAAAAGCAAAAGAAAACUGGUGGUAAAGCAGGUACUGGCCCUGGCAAGGGGGCCGCACAGGGGGCGACCAAUAGUGGCGCCGAGAACAGCCUGAUGUCAGUGAUGCCAAUCGCCCAUCCGUCAGCUGUCGAUGUACUCGACAUGCCAGUCGAUCCCAACGAGCCCACCUACUGUCUUUGUCAUCAAGUAUCCUACGGAGAAAUGAUAGGCUGUGAUAAUCCCGAUUGCCCCAUUGAGUGGUUCCAUUUCGCCUGCGUUGGCCUUUCCACAAAACCGAAAGGAAAGUGGUUUUGUCCGAAGUGUUCAGCUGACCGAAAAAAGAAAUAAUAGUAUUCUACUGGGUUCUUCUUUGGAAUUCGAAUCGUCCAUUGUGUAUUAUUACACCAUACUUUUAAUUCUUGUAAAUAUAUAUCAAUAUAUUAUAUCUUUAGGUAGCUUAUAAUCACAAUUAUAUUGUUAUUUAUUGGUCCUAAUAAAAUAGACUCUAUCACUUACUGAUUGCUUUAUGUUUACUAUGUGCUCUCUGAAUUUAUACAUACGGUUGUAAGUUUUAUUUCUUCUUGAUUGAGUAGAAGCAAUAAAUUAUUUUGAUUU